GCACCUUGUGUAUUCUACUAUUCAAACUCGCAAAAGCAGAGGGAAACAACUGUUGUCCUGGGUGGCAACAAUGAGAAUCAGGUUCUCUGUGUUGUGCCUAUCGGAGUCUAUCUGCUGUUGUUACAUUCAAGAGAACAAUGUCACGUCGGAAGGAUAUGAAUAAGGAUGAGCUAGAGAGGCAGUUUUCGCCCAGCCAGUGGUCGCACAGAAUGUCGGCAGACGACGUUAUCAAAUCCCACGUGACGGCGCUCAAAGAAGGUACGGAGCGUGCCCGUGGCCUGGCCCAGACCCUCCUCAACGUUCCCUAUGGAGAAGGAGGGGAGAAACUAGAUGUCUAUGUUCCCACCACCACUUCUCUAGAUGUCCCACUGGUGAUCUACCUCCAUGGAGGCUACUGGCAGUUCCUUAGUAAGGAGGAGUCCGGGUUUAUGGCCGUCCCAUUGGUCCAUAAGGGCGUCGUGGUGGUCGCCGUGGGUUACGACAUCGCUCCCAAAGGGAACAUGGACGUGAUGGUGUCUCAGGUGCGGAGGAGUGUGGUGUCCGUCAUUCAACAGUAUUCACACAUUAGUGGUCUGUACCUGUGUGGCCACUCUGCGGGGGCCCACCUGGCUGCUAUGAUCCUCUCUACAGACUGGUCUCAGUACAGUGUGACCCCUCAGAUCAAAGGUGCGUUCCUGGUCAGUGGUAUAUAUGACCUCCUGCCCAUCCUGUCCACCUAUGUCAACGAGCCUCUGAAGAUGACAGAAGAGGUGGCUCUGAGGAACAGUCCUAGUCAGYUGGUUCCGCAGCUCAAACUCUCCUCCUCCGACUGUGACAUCGUGGUUGCCGUGGCGCAGAACGACUCGCCAGAGUUCCGGAAGCAGUCGGAGRACUACUACAAAGCUCUGGAGUCAACAGAAGGACUGAAGGUGACAUUGGAGGACGUUCCAAACACAGAUCACUUCAACAUAUCGCCGCAGCUAGUCGACGGAGACUACCACCUCACUCAGCUGCUGUUAAAGAUGAUGGGGAAGAGCUAAAGAGAUACAGGGACACCGGCCAAUCAAUGAAGAGAUACAGGGACACUGGCCAAUCAUUGAAGAGAUACAGGGACACCAGACAAUCAUUGAAGAGAUACAGGGACACUGGCCAAUCAUUCAUUUACAUAUCAACCACAAACACCUCUGUUCUGAUGGCUAUUGGCUAAACAAGGUGGUUAGGUAACAGGUAUUAUGUUUUGUGUUACAGAACCUCCGGGGUGAAGAUUCCCUUAGUUACAGUUCUUGGAUCAGUUUUGAUUCCUCUUAACUUGAACUAUUAGUGGGAAAAAAUGCAAAACUGACCCAAGAUCAGCGUAUAGGGGCAACUUUACCCUGCUCCGUUAGAGUGGCCUGGAGUGUUUUUUAAACC